UUCACCAUGUUGGCCAAGCUGUUCUCGAACUCCUAACCUCAGGUGAUCCGCCUGCCUGGGCCUCCCAAAGUACUGGGAUUACAGGAGUGAGCCACCUUGCCUGGCCUAAUUCUUUAAACAGAAUAAAUGGGGUAUGCAUUGCUUUCCAUCCUGUUAGGCUCACUGCAUACAGGAUACUUUUCUGUAACAAAAUACGAGCUGUUUUUCCAAGGUUGCAAUGUCACCUGUGAUUUUGACUUGAGUUUUCGUAUAUUUUAUCCCCCUCUUCUGCCCUCCUACCAAGAACUGUGAGUUGGAUGCAGAAGUUUCUAAAAAACUUGAGUAUUGAAAUUGGCUGUUGCAGCAGGGAUGAAAAGCAACACCCCUGCCUCCCCCCGAAAGAGACAUGAAAGUAGUUGGAUUAAGGGCACGGGAGUAUUUGCUUUCCGAUUUAGUGAUAACGUUGGACACACUUCUUUCUGACUGCUGGAGAGCUGUGCUUUUAACCACCUCUGAUCCAGCUUGUUUUCCCCAGAUUCUUGUUCUCUUUUCUGGACUGAGAAGAGAAGAAUGGAGAAGAGCCCCUUCCCAUUGUGAGUGGACAGGAAAUGGAGUGCCUUUGCAUUGGUUUGGCUUUGGCUACACAACACUGGUUGUUUCUGGUGGGAUCGUUGGCUAUGUAAAAACAGGCAGGGUGCCGGCCCUGGCUGCAGGGCUGCUCUUCGGCAGCCUAGCCGGCCUGGGUUCUUACCAGAUGUCUCAGGAUCCAAGGAACGUUUGGCUUUUCCUAGCUGCUACAUCUGUUACUUUUGUUGGUGUUUUGGGAUUGAGAUCCUACUACUAUGGAAAAGUCAUGCCUGUAGGUUUAAUUGCAGGUGCCAGUUUGCUGAUGGCCGCCAAAGUUGGAGUUCGUAUGUUGAUGACAUCUGAUUAGCAGAAGUCAUGUUCCAGCUUGAACUCAUGAAGGAUUAAAAAUCUGCAUCUUCCACUGUUUUCAAUGUAUUAAGAGAACUAAGUGCAGCAUUUUUGCAUCUGACAUUUUACCUAAAAAAAAAAGACACCAACCUUGGCGGAGGGGUGGAAAAUCAGUUGUUACCAUUAUAACCCUACAGAGGUUAUAAUGAGGAUGUAACAUAAGCUUAUGGAGACCCUCAUAGAGCUCGAUUCUUGUGUAUCGAUGUUAUCUCUUCUUUCUGUAUCUAUAGGUAAAUCUCAAGGGUAAAAUGUUAGGUGUUGACAUUGAGAACCCUGAAACCCCAUUCCGUGCUCUGAGGAACAGUGUGAAAAAAUAGAGUAUCUGUUCUUUUGCUCAUCUUAGAUUAUAGACUGACUUUGAAAUUAUGUUAAGUGAAAUAUCAUUGAAAAUAAAGUUUACUAUAAAUAAUA